CUUGAGAUUUGGGUGGUUAAGUCGAAGACGGUACAUCAAAGUGAUCAUGCUGUGUGGACUGAGCGGCGCUGUGUGUGAAGUUCCCGUGGUGAACAUCAAGUCGGGCCAUGUAUAUGAGAAGAGAUUGAUCGAGGAGUACCUGAAAACACAUGGGAACCUAUGCCCGUUGUCAGAAACCCUCUUGGCACCGGAAGACCUCAUCCCUCUCAAACUCUCGACGGUGGCGACCGGCGCGGCUCCGCCGUCUAAGGUCACCGCCUCCAUUCCGUCCUUGCUUUCCUCCCUUCAGACAGAGUACGACGCGCAUGCGCUGGAGAUGUUUGAGCUCAAGCAGCAUUUACAGACCACCAGACGGGAGUUGUCCCAUGCGUUGUACCAGUACGAUGCCGCGUGCCGAGUCAUUUCCCGCCUGAACCGUGAUAUCGAGGCUCUCAAGCAAUCGGCAUCGUCGUCGAAUGGCACGAGUGAUGACCCCUGGGUGCAUGUGACCGCCGCCGUGGCCUCGCGUGCCAAGGAGUUGGCGCAUUACCGCAAGAAGGAACGUCACGUGGAAGAGCUGGUGAAGACUCCCGCGUCCCUGCAAGUCACGACAAGUCAAACGUUUCACCAAGCCGACAAGCCGGGCAUAUUGACCGUCGACAUCAAGGGCGAGCGUGUCGUGACAGGCGGCAACGACCGGCACGCCAAGAUCUUCAACACAUCGACGGGCAAAAUCGAACACACGUUGGCCGGGCAUGCCAAGAAGGUGCAAAAGGUGCUGUUCCACCCGACCGCGGACAUCGUGAUCACCGGUUCCGCCGACAAAUCCAUCAAGCUGUGGACGGCGCCGACAUACGAGGUGGCGCACACGUUGACCGGCCAUGUCGGCGCCGUCACGGGUCUCGCGGUGCAUCCCACGGGGUCGUACUUGGGCUCUUCGUCGGACGACUCGUCGUGGACUUUGCACGAUCUAGGCACGGGCUCGUUGCUCCAGAACGUGCGCGCCCCCGAGGCCAAGGCGUUGCUGGACUUCCAAUUCCACCCCGACGGCGCCAUCUUCGCCACGGCAGACUCGACUGUCCGCAUCUGGGACGUGGCCACAACCAAGAACGUCGCGACCUUUGAAGGGCACACGGGGACCGUCAACUCGAUCUGGUUUUCUGAAAACGGAUACCACCUUGUCUCAGGCGGCAGCGACGGCCUCGUCAAGUUUUGGGAUCUCCGUAAGCUCAAGACCGUGCUGGAGCUGAAUGUCCAUGCGCCAGUCCACGCCGUGCACUUGGAAGUGGGCGGCACGGUGCUGGGGGUGGCCACGGACAAGGUCGCGCUGUACCAAGAAAGCGGCAAGAAGAACUGGGACAUCGUUCAGACGUUUGAAAACCACAAGGGGCAAGUGACCGACGUCAAGCUGGCGCAUCAACUGGCGUUUGUCGUGUCCACAUCCCUCGACCGAUCGUUGAAAGUGUACGCGUAGAUGCACUUGGUUUGGCCUGCAGAGAGAGAGAUCGAAAAAUGACGAAGGAGCGCAAAUAACAUAGUCUUCUACGAUUACUACUACUCACGACGAUGUAGAUAAUGGUGGAUAUAUAUAUAUAUAUGGUGCCUUGAAAA